UGCCUUCCUCCAUCAAAGCCACCUGUAAAGCCUUCAUGCGAUCGGCCCUUCUCCUUAUCCUAAUAAUCUCCCUCUCCCUCUCUCUACUUAAGUCCGUACCUAAGCAACAAAGCUAACCUUCCCCAAAGAAACACUAAGCCAAAACGAAGGCGCCAAAAGCAGGGAUACACAAAUUACCUAGGCUCGAUUUAGAGACCUUCACAGCCAAUAUACAGCUUAAGUAGGUAGUAAAAGAUUGCGAAGUCGAUGGCAGAGUUUCCGGUGGUGCUGCCGCCGCUGGCGGUGGUGGACGGGGUCGGGCGGCGGAACAAGAAGCGGGCGGGCGGGCUCCCGAAGCUGCUGCACAAGUUCUUCUUCAAGGUGCUCCGCCUGAGGCCCACCUCUUCGUCUUCGGUGUCGGAGCAGAGCGCGGCAGCAGCGGCGUUCGAGGCCUACUACGGCUACCGGAUGGUGGACGAGUGCUACUACUACAGCUACGGCGGCGCCGGCUCGGCGUCGUGGGCCGGGGUGCUCUUCUCCAUCCCGGAGGAGGACAGCUCCGAGGAGGGCACGCCAGGAUCGGACGCCGCCGCCGUCCGCCCUUCCGCACUCCGGAAGGCCCACUCCGACUCCGAGCGGUUCCUCGCCGCUGAGGCCGCCGCCGUCGUGCACCUGGAGCUGGAGGUCGUCUUGUAAAGCCGGCUCCGCUGAGCUUUGCAUGCUAGGCUCCUUAGCUUAAGCUCAGCUAGCGCGUCUCCGCUGGAAAGGACGGCACCUACGCCGUCGGAUCUAAGCCCGACGCUCGGAUCAGCACAGCUUGGCCGGGAUUCAAAUUCAUGAUGGCGCGCGCGCUUCUUGUACGCCAUGAAAUCGUCGGCUGCGUGAAAUCCCAGACGUUGCAGGGUUCAUCGGACGGCUUCCCAAAGAAAGGUGCCAAACACUACCAGGGUCUUCGGUCAUAUUUCGGCAGCCGAAAACCUUUCAAGGAAAAUACUAACACUCAAUAGCAGCCAGCAGGCUGAUAUAUACACGUACAGAAAAAUAAAAGCUAGUAUUUGCUGUAUACCGCAAAAUCAAAGUCAGUCUUUUGUUAAUUGCUGACAAGAUUUGCGGUUUAGAUGAUUGCAAGUUGUAUGUCAAGUUAUGAAAACAACUUUCAUAUUUGACAUAAAAUUUAGUUAAGUGGAACACCAGGUUUUUUCUUCGAUUUCUGCGGAAAUUGAAUUGUUUGGUAAAAAAGGGUUGUAGUCACGGAGUUUUAUGAAGAUAUUGUAUAUGGAUUCAUGGGCUCGCUACUUUUUUUCGACGGCAGUUCAA